AUGGCUAAUGAUGACUCGCAAAGCAUCAGCUGUGCUCUUCUCGGUGACGACUCUCAACAUCUCGGCAGUGAGACAAGUAGUCAACUGACUCGAUCAUCAUCGAUUAAGCCCCCACCUGCUAGUUCGAAAUGGACAUUACGAAAUAGUCUUUCCACUGCGAGUUUACGUCGAUAUCGAUCACCAUUUCGUCGCAGUGUAUUGAAAAAUGGUUCGGUUAAAUCCAAUGGACAAUAUUCACCCGCAACAUCGUUUCCACUGUUUCGUCGAUUCUACCUUAUGCGUAGUUCGUUCGCACGAAAGCGUCAAAAUGGUUUACCGCACGACAACAAAGAUCCAGAAGCUUUAACAUCUGCUGACAAAAUCCCUUCAUCAUUGCAGAUUCACACUAGGCAUUUACUCACUUCAAUCUUUAUUAUUCUUAUCAGUGGAAGUCUCUUGAUUAUCAUGAUUGCUCUUGACAUGCUCUACUUGGACGAUGCUUUACCAGGUCAACUCAAGCCAUCACGUGUGACAUCGAAUAAGAGCAGUCAAACUCCGCUAUGUUUUCGUCAUGCGAAAGUUUGCACUAUGAAAGGUUUAAUUAUCAUUGUCUUUUCUGGCAUUACAAUUGUCUUAUGUUAUAUCGUCUUGACCUUAUAUACACGUGCAAGAAGUCAUACACGGAUACUGGAGCGGAAGACAGAUGAAUUGGAAAAAGAGAAGUGUUUAACAGAAAAAUUACUUCAUGAAAUUUUACCACCUUGCGUGGCAAAAGAUUUAAUCAACGGACGAAAAGCACCCGCGGAACAUUAUGAAUCUGUUACAGUCUAUUUCUCUGAUAUUGUUGGUUUCACGGUCAUAGCAAGUACAUGUACACCCAAUGAAACGUGUGAUAUGUUGAAUAGACUUUACUCGAUCUUUGACUCUCUGUUGGAAAAUUUCGAUGUUUAUAAAGUUGAAACUAUUGGUGAUGCGUAUAUGGUUGUGUCCGGAGCACCGAAAAAGAAUGGAGACAAACAUCCGAACGAAAUUGCUAAUAUGUCACUGGCUUUACUUCACUGUAAACAACAAGUUUACGUUCCUCGUAGUUCAGCUCAACUGAAACUACGUAUUGGUAUCCAUACAGGACCGGUAUGUGCAGCUGUGAUCGGCUCGAAGAUGCCACGAUAUUGUAUGUUUGGUGAUACGGUUAAUGUCGCCAGUCGAAUGGAAUCCACUGGCUUACCAGAUAAAAUUCACAUGAGUAACGACACAUAUAAACGACUGAUUAAUCGCGAACAGUACAUCUUCGAAGAACGUGGCGAAAUACCCGUCAAAGGAAAGGGUCAAAUGCAUACAUAUUUUCUUUUAGAUCGAAAGCCGAUUCAGACUGGAGCGAAAUCACGUUCGAAUACGAUCUUGAAAGGCGAACGAGAUUAGGAAAUUGAUCUUGAUAAAUAUAUUCUUUCUCCAUUGUCGCUGGCAUACUAUGUGACAGUGGAAGAUUUGCAGAUAAGAAAAGAUCGAUUAGGACAGAAUCAAGGCGAAAUGUCAUCAUGUUUUCUUGAAUCCAAUGUACUUUGCGCAGAAAGAAAGAUUUGUUUGUUCUGCAUUGCAACUAGCCGAAAUGAAGAUCGAUGA